AUGGAUUUGGUGUCAUUGUAACUUGACUUUUUUUCAGGUGUAGUAAUGUUCAUAAAAAAGUUCUCUAUCAAUGGGCGUAAUUUGACGACUUAUUGUGCUACACUUCGACUACUAAAUUAUGUAAUGUAAUCGUUGAAAACGUGUCUGAGAAACGUAUCGAUUGUUUACGUUAAGUACAAUGUACCUUUAAGGCGUUAAAUAUAUUUUCUUAAUUUAUGGUUGGGUGUUAUAGAGGUGUCGCACUCAGUAUGAUUUGCUGUCUUGAUAGAUAAUGAAGGCCAGAGCAUCAAGUGAUCCCCCCACACAUCAGGAAAAUGACACACUUGAAAGCUGCCAAAAAUUUUCAGUAACCCUUCCUAACAGAAUCGCACCUCACUUGCGCAAGGCCGAGCCAUUUCCAUCUAUCAGUGCAGCACAAUUGCUAAGUCUUGAAGUGAGCCAUAGUGGUUGGGUGAGGAAAGAAGGCUUUGGAAUACGAACUUGGAGGAGUAGAUUUAUGGUUCUGCAUCAUGGCUGUAUAUACUACUUUAAAGACACUGAUUCCCAUACACCUAAAGGAAAAUUUGCACUAAAUGGAUAUCGAUGCCUUGAAGCUCCUGAUCGAGAAGGUGCAGAUCGUUUUCCAUAUGUCUUCAAAAUGGUUCCCGAUGAUGGCGAGCUUCGAACAUACUAUGUUUCAUCACCAUCUAAGAUAGAAAUGAUGGGCUGGAUAACCAGCAUUGAACAAGAUAUUCAUCGAUACUGUCCAAGUGAUUAUGAUUAUGUUGAUCCACUUGGAGAUUCAAGAAAAGUUUCUUGUCCAACUGUUCAAGAAGAUCUGCCCAAUGUAAAAGGAAGAUCAAAAAUUGCUGGUAAACCAGAUUCAUCUUCUUCUAAAACAUUUCCAAAAAAUAUCGGAGUGAUGACACCAAAGCCGUUAGACCCUCCCACUGAUUUUCCAACCUCACCAUCUAAUAAUGGCAGUGAUGAAGUUGAUCAGGUUUAUGACACUAUACCUGAUGGUGAGGAAAACUAUACUCAAGUGAUCAGUCAUGAUGAGACAGAUGGACAGCAGCGAAGUUUUGGCCCUCCAAUGGUAAAUAAUAAGGAUAGACCUCCCACCCUCCGUCCCAAACUUCCUCCUCGUCCGGAUUUUUAUGAUUCUGAAUCAGAUGGAUCUGAUUCAGAAGAAGAACAGCAUUAUGUGAAUCCGCAUGGUCGACAUAAGAGUUUACCUACGUUCCCUCUGCGUGAAAAUAAAGCCAAUGACAGCUCGGCUACGAUACACGCCGGGAAAUCUCGACCAAUACCGACGCCUCCAACGGAUGAUGUAGUAGAUGGUGCAAGUGAUGACAUUGUUGUCACCUAUUGUGCAGUCAUUGGGAACGAUGAAUUUGAUGGUAUUAGACAGGCAAAAGAAGACAAAAGUCAUCCCAUUCCUCCACCAAGACCUUCUCCCAGACCUCCACCGAGGCAUUCACGAACUAGCGAAGAAAAGAAACAAUUUGACUAUUUGCCCGCUGAUUGCUUCAAGCCCGACAUGUUAAAAAAUCAAGCCAAAGUGUUUCUGGAACUUGGUCGAACGCUGGGGGAGUAUAUAAUUAAUGCGAGUCAAACAUCGGAUACAAAGAUGUCCUUAUCGGUUUGGUUAUCCAACGGUGUAAAGCAUUAUCUCAUUUUCAAGAGACAGGAUAAAUACACCCUUGAUCCAUCUCUUCACGAUGAUGAGCAUUUUAAAGAGCUACGAGAUCUAGUAAAAUACUACUAUGAGCAUCCAUUACCGAAGACUGGCCAAUGUUUGACGAAGCCAUUUGCAACGAGAUGAUUUUAUGAGAACGUUGACGGGUAACGUGUAAAUUUUACAAAACUUGACUUCCAUAUAGUCGGUUUUUCGUAUUACAAGAAACAAUGAGAAAGAGUCCACAAACUUUGAAUGUUUGUUUUGGACUAAAAACAUUUCAUAAAAUACGGAAUCACAUAAAUAAAUGACAAGUAGAAUUUUCCCUUUAAGCUUUGUAAUAAAUAUUAUUUCUACAACUAUUUAAUAUAAAAUUCAGUCGAAUGAAAA